GCAAUCGCUCGACAUGGUGUACUAGUUUUCUGUUAAGGAGAGCUGAGACGUCCUUUAUGCAAAAUUUCCCCCAAACAUAAGAUAUUCUCUAGAUUGUUCUUUAAAUGUAACAGAAAUCUUCCAAAACCCCGCCCAAAAUUGAUGUUUGCUAAAGAAUCCUACAGCGCGUAGUUACGAUCAAUUUGUUUGAACAUAUGGCGAUACUCUCCGAUUACGAGGAAGCAGAGAAGAAGCCGGCUCCGUCGGCGAAGAAGCAGUUUAGCGCUUCUCUCGAUCCGUCGAAUCCACUAGGGUUUUUGGAGAAUGUUUUGGAGUUCAUCGCGAGGGAAAGCGAUUUGUUCAAGAGCGAUUCUCUAGUAAACGAUGUUAAUGCAGCGGUGAGGAUGGUAAAGAAUAAAGUUGAGGCUGAGGACAGGAAGAGGAAAGAAUUGAAAAUCGAAGAGAACGGCAAGGCGGAGAAGAAGUUUAAGGAGGAGGCGACGGCGGUCCCGCCGCCCUCGGCUGAAAAGGACGAUAUGACGAACAAGAAGCCUAAGGAGGAAAGAGAACGGGUUAAUGAAGUGCAACAGAAUAAUGGGCCUCAAGCUCCUAACCAAGCCAAUGGCCUUGAUAUGGACAAAUACUCUUGGGGUCAAUCGUUGCAAGAGGUUAACAUCACUGUUCCUGUCCCUCCUGGAACCAAAUCAAGGUUCAUCGCAUGCGAAAUCAAGAAGAAUCAUCUUAAAGUUGGAAUAAAGGGGCAGACACCGGUCAUUGAUGGUGACCUUUUCCAAUCGGUCAAGGUUGAUGAUUGUUUCUGGAGUUUAGAGGAUCAGAAAUCUAUUUCCAUUCUCCUAACAAAGCAAAACCAGAUGGAAUGGUGGAAGUACUUGGUGAAGGGUGAGCCAGAGAUUGAUACACAGAAAGCGGAACCUGAGAACAGUAAACUGUCGGACCUGGACCCUGAGACACGUUCAACUGUGGAGAAAAUGAUGUUUGACCAACGGCAAAAACAAAUGGGGCUUCCAACUAGUGAUGAGAUGCAGAAGCAAGAGGUUUUGAAGAAGUUCAUGGCUGAGCAUCCGGAAAUGGACUUUUCAAGGGCGAAGAUCAACUAGAGAAAAGACCUUCAGAUUUAAUAUUAGCAUAUCUUGAAAUGCCUAUGGCAACGAAAAUGUAAAAAGUGGCGAAAUUGAUGGAUAAAAUGCAAAUUUUAGACUGACUUUUGGUUAGGAUUAUAUUGUUUAACUUAAAAUGUUGCAAUCACUAAUGGGCAUGCGCUGGGCAUGAUUGACCGUUCUCUGUUAAUGCAUUCCAGUUUCGAAUUUCUUUCACUUA